AUGAGCAACAGCACUCAACCCGUCUCCGCGCCGAGCGCCGUCCUGCAGCCUGGCAUCGUCGAAGCCAUCUCGCAAUACAUUCCAAGGUCGUCGGACGUACUGAACUUCCUCGACGCAGUCCCUCCGGCCCUCAUGACACCAACAACCGUCGCGACCGCCGCCUUUUGGCGCAACCCGCCAGUGGGCAUGACCCUCGCGUGGCCCGUACUGAGGUGCGGCAACGGCGCAUCGACCAACCCGCUUGCCGUGCUCCAGGGGCUCCGAGCGCUUCUGGAGCGCGGGCUGCGCGUCGAGCUCCACCACCGCGCGACGCGACGCCACCACCUUGCGCUCUUCCACGCGCUGUACGCACGCAACGUUACCCUCGUGACGCUUCAGCUCGCGCGCGACCGUGAAUUCGAGCUCGGCGAUCGCGAGACGCUCGUGGACCUCGUGCUCUCGCUAUCAGCGCUCAUGUCCCUUGUCGUCCAUGUGCCCAACGCCGACGGGACGUCGACAAUGAUGCUGCACGAGUUGCACCGCCUUGUCGCCAGCACCCGUGCCGCCUCGUUAACGCUCACGAUCGAGCCCAACGCCAUUGCGCCGCUGCCGUUCGCGCCGGCGCUCGCAACGUGGCUGCGCCAGGAGAAGAACAAUGACCCCGGUUGCUAUCAUCGCCUCGCGCUGGAUGCACCGCUCUUGCACGCGCGAUCGACCGCCCACGAGGUAAGCGCCGUCCACGAGCUGCUCGACGCGCUGGGCGCUUCGUCGCUGCAAGAGCUCGACGUGCACCAGCGGUGUGGCCUCGGCACGCUGCCGCACCUUGUGCUUCCGAGAAGUCUGCGCCGCCUCCGAUGGCACGUCGCUACCAACGACGCCGCCGCGCUCAAUGCCUUCGCACGCGCCCUUGAAGACCUUGAGUUUCUUGAAUCCCUCGACACCAACGGCCUCGACGCUCUCCAGGAAGACCCGCGCCUGCAGCGCUAA